UUUACCAUCGAGUUUCUACUGGCAACAAGCAGAAACAAUAUUCGUGGUGAUUGAAGACAGAGAAUAAACCACUCAUCUCAUCAUCAGCAAAGGACAGGCAAGGUGCUGAUCUGUGUAGGAGGUGGUGAAUCGUGUUCAAACUGGAAGCCACAUGUUAAGUUAAAGUCCCUAAUGGGGGUUCACACCAAACAAAUACGCAAGUUGGUGAAGAGGCUAGUCAUCCUCCCUUUUCUCUGUUUUUUACCACUGUGUCUCUUCAGUGGGUGGCUGAGUAGCUCUGUGAAACCUUUACAUCAUGACAGCAGAAGUAGAAAUGUGACCGUCCUGCUGUGGUAUUGGCCCUUCAGCAGAUCAUUCAGCCUGAAGGGUGACGUUUGCUGGGAUCUCUACCGUAUCCCUCGCUGUAUUCUGGUGGACGAGCGCUCCUACUUCCCCUCUGCGGAUGUAGUGGUGUUCCACAACAGGGAGCUGCAAGUGGGCCUCCACAAGUUGCCUACUAACGUUUCACGGCCACCAAGCCAGAAGUGGGCCUGGAUGUCCCUGGAGGCUCCUUCUCACAAUGGAAACUUACAUAAGUAUGCAGAUAUCUUUAACAUGACCAUAACCUACAAGAGGGAUGCUGACGUCAGCAUACCCUAUGGCAUGCUGCUACGGAGGGAGGCUGAAGAACAUGUGAAUGAAGACAACUCUGUAAACAAGAGCUCUCUGGUUUGUUGGGUGAUCAGCAACUAUAAGAGCCACCACAAAAGAAGCCAAGUGUACAACGACCUCAGAGCUUCAGUUCCUGUGGCGGUUUAUGGGCGCUGGACUAAAAACCGACUCCCCUCCUCAGAACUUUUACCUACAAUAUCUCGCUGCUAUUUUUAUUUGGCUUUUGAGAACUCACUUGCUGAAGAUUAUAUCACGGAGAAGCUGUGGAGGAAUGCUUACGAGGGAGGGGCUGUGCCCAUUGUCCUGGGGCCACCUUUAGGCGAUUACAAAGCUGUGGCUCCACCUCAUUCUUUCAUCCAUGUUGAUGAGUUUGCAUCACUGAAUGAAAUGGGAAAGUAUCUACAACAGCUUGCAGAGGAUAAGAAACGCUACAAUGAGUAUUUUACCUGGAAGAAACAGUGGAAAGUGAAACGGUACACAGACUGGAGGGAAAGACUAUGUACUAUCUGUUCAAAGUACAACAGUUUACCUAAGCACAAAGUUUACUCAGACCUAGAUGCGUGGGUCAACGCUAACACGAACUUAAACAUUUGAUCAAAUUUUACUGUAUUUUUUUUUGCAACAUUUGUAGACAUCAUGGCAUCAUUCUCUGAAUUACUUUGAAAACAGUUCAGAGUGAAUGUGAAACUUAAAAAUCUGAAAAAUUGUAUCUAAAAAAAUAUUUCAGAAAUGUGUUUAUAUGCACACAACUUAGACUGCACUGCAACUACUAUGCAUUAACAACAAUGACCGAGUGAUCUGCUACACUGAGAUCCCUAGCACUUUACUCCAGUACACUAAGGUUAAAAACUACCUAGUAUUUGGAGAUAUUUAGAAAAGGGAUGUAGUGGAUACCUGGAUAAAGUUAACCUGCCUCUUGCAUUAUGGAAAUGUCUGUAAACACACACUGUACUGUAAGUGCUACUUUGUACAAACUAUGACAGAAAACAUCCUUUU